AGAUAAUCAAAGAAUGCAAAUCCAACCAGUGUUAAUAGUAAGUCUACUGUUUAUCUGCAAUAUCUAUGGAUUAGAUGUGGAUGCUAACCAAAACAUUACCCAGUGUAUUCCGAAUCCUCUAUUAAUCUGUACCAAAAAUAAUAGUGAUAUUUGUGUUGAUCCAAAGGUAUUACUAAUUGCAUCUCCUUUUCAUGGUAAUUUAACAUUUCAACUUGAACCAGCUACUAGUAAAUAUUAUCUUAUCGAGGCCAAUGGUACUGAUUGUAUUUUUACUGGGAAAAUGAACGGAACAUCACAUCGCGUCAGAGUUAACACUUGUUCUUAUUCAUUGAAAAACUCAACUCUUGUCAUUUGUUUGAUUAUUCAUAAUGAUAGUUGGUUAAUUGAGUUCAAUGAAACAAAAGAAUGCUAUCAAAUUCAAUCGUCUCAAUGUUAUAUUCGAGAUAUUAUACCAAUAGAUACAUUCGAUGGACUGGAACCGGAAAAUAUAAUAAGAGUUCAUGAUGCAUCGUUGAAUCAUCUUUUUGAUCCAAAGUUUUUGAUGUCCACUCCAAGAUACGUUAGAGUAGGAAUUGCAAUUGAUUGUACGGCUGAAUUUAAAUAUUACGCUAAAGAGCAUGAAUUAGUAAACAUUUUUAAAAGGGCAAUUCAGCUGCUAACACAAAUGAAUAUUUUUGCAAUACUUACUGUGAUUAAAAGUUUGCCAGGUCAAUGUGAUGAAGCAAAGACCUACAAAUAUGAUGCCGACACGUUGCUGGUUAAAUUCAGAGAAUAUAUCAUAGAAAACCAUGAAACACUUGGCAAUUAUGAUGUAAUUGUGAGAAUUACAGCUCCAUGCAAUAAUAAUUGUGAUCGGCUCGGAGUAACAAAUCUUAACAUAGCUUGCAAUCCGAUGUUGGGACGAACUGUUGUAAGAGAUAGCGAUAGUGAUUAUACUUUUUCAACAGCUUUUGCUCAUGAGUUACUUCAUACAUUUGGAGUAGUCCAUGACAAUGAGGAAGAAUUCACAGAAGAAGCCUAUUGUCCAUAUGAACAUUGUUUGAUGUACUCCUCGGCACCUCGAGGUCAACCAAAGGUAGGAUUGUCACCAUUCACAAUUUCACAGGUGGAAGCAUCUAUUUUAUCGGGUGAUCUUGAUUGCUUUUUAGAUAAACCAGAGUUAGGCAAAUAUUGUGGGGAUUACUCUUUAAGCGGCUACGAACAGUGUGAUUGUGCGGAUAUAAAACAUUGUUCAAAAUGUUGCAAUCCAUCAACUUGUUUACUUUUAGAAGGAGCCAAGUGUGGACACGGACCUUGUUGUAAUUUUGAAACUUGUGAGCUCUACAAGUCAACAGAUAAUCAUGUUUGCCGUCCAGCAAAAAGUGAUUGUGAUAUAGAAGAAAAAUGUGACGGAUCAUCGCAAUUCUGUCCUCCUGAUCUUCAUGUGCACGAUGGUUGGAGUUGUGAAUACGGUCAGGGUCACUGUUUUAAUGGUAAAUGUGGCAGUUAUCAUCUUUCUUGUGAUAAAAUUUUCGAAAAUUCUGAUCCAGGGCCAGAUUUUUGUUAUGAAAGAAAUACAUUGGCUACAAAUUAUUUUAAUUGUGGUCCACCAAUUAAAUAUUUUAAAAUUUUCGACGGAAAAGCAAAAAAAUGUAAAAAUGAAGAUGUCAAAUGUGGCCGAUUACAUUGCACUGAAAGUGGCAGAUUGAGAAGCUCAAUUGGACAAGCAUAUGCAAAUUUACUACGUGACAUUCUAAACCCACCCUGUCGAGUUAUCCAUAUUUCCAGAAGCUUCCAUCGUAACGCAACCGAUUUAGGUUUAGUACCUGAUGGUGCGCCUUGUGCUCCAAAUAAAAUGUGUCUCAACCAAGAAUGCAUUCCAGUGUCAAAAGUUAUUGAGACGAAACCAUGUCCAAUCAAUUGCCAAAAUCGAGGUAAAUGUACUAACCAAGGAACUUGUAUUUGUAAUAAUCCAAAAGAUAAAUCGCCUGAUUGCUCUUUCUCUCCGGUAACUUCACCAAAUUGGACAGCCUUGUUUCGAUACUUUGAAACUACAAUUCAAUUAAUUGUAAUGGUUGUGGUGACGUCAACAUGGAUUUGGAUACAAUUUAAUAAAUAA